AUGACCGCCGAUUCCAGAACAGGAAAGGUUUGGUUUCGUGUGGCCGACUGGUGUGAUUCCAGCAAUUGCGUCAACAGCGAUAAUCAGCGAGACCGACACGCGGGCCUGCAAGCGGAAAUGCACAACGCAGGUUCCGGAGUGGACAAUCAACGCAAUGCUGGCAAUUCGAAAUGCGAGAAACUCCGGAAGUUGGACGUGGGCUUCCGGUGCGCCUGCCUAAUUAAAUCCAACGGCAAACUCAUCCACUAG